CUGGAUGACCUGGAGUGGAUUCAGCCAGAGGUUGAGGGCCCGCCCCCUCAGCCGCGCGGCUUCCACGCUGCAGCAGUUUGCGGCGACUGCAUGCUUAUUUUUGGAGGAGUGACUGACGCAGCAUUCACGGAGGGGAAGAAGAGAUAG